AUGGACUGGACGACCUCGUCUAAUGCUUUGGGCGCUUAUCUUUGUCUGGCGACGAUUUUGGGACUCUGCUGGAUGCUUAUAGUACGAGGUGCGGGACAGGCUGCGUCGCGACUGCCCACUCCUCGCUCCUUGACCAGGGUGCACAUUCCCACCUUCGCGACCUCGAACACACAACAACUCCACUCUCUUGCGGCCACGCGACCGGAAACCACGAUAUCGACAAUGCUUCGUCGCGCAGCCAACGAGCACGAUCGCAAGACUGAGCAGCGCCUAUCACAAACGAGUUUCGGAUCGAGUCAACCACAACCAAAGGCAGCAUCUCAGGCAGUAAACCCAGGAUAUCGAAAUCCGCUGAGGCCGACCUCAGAAUCUACACUCAAUGGCCUGAACGGAUACGGGGCACUGCGAACGGGUGGCAUCAAGAGGACAGCAAGUGGUCUGGCAAAGUCGCUGGACGGCUCUUUCGAGGAUGACACAGGCAGUCAAUAUCGGCCGAUCACAGUGGGUGGCCGGUCACCGAGCAAGAGCAAUGUCGCGCAGGUCACGCAGACAGAUCUAUUCGACGAGAAUGACUUCGACAGCGACAUUGAGCUGGAGAUCGAGGAGCCCUUGCCGCAAACCAGCAUAAGCUACCCCAAGCUGCCAGCACAGCCGACGGAGCGAGCAAAGGUCAAUGAUGCUCCCAUAUCUUAUCCUACUCUGCCAAAGCAACAACCUCAGAUCAGUCCCAGCCGGAAUCUGAACACAAACGCUGGAGCGCCGGCGUCGCAGCAAGCACCGGAUAGUAGUGCUCCGUUGCCUUGGUCUUCGUCGCCUGUCGAACACUUCAGCUCUGCAGCGCCGCGGGUCGGUCUGCAGCAUUUUGCUUUUGAUCCACGCAACUCUCAUAUUUUGAAACCACCAGAUGGCGCGCAACCAAAGCCUGCGAAGAGGAGGACCCUGCCGUGGCUUAAGGAAGGUGCAGAGGAAUCAACACAGACAAAGCCAACACCUUUCAUGAGCUCGACCACCAAGUCGAGCAACGGUAUCACGAGCACAUUCACACCUGCCGCGAAAGACAAGAAGGACAAGUCGCAAUUCCCGUGGAACACUACCGCAAGCGCUAUCAAGGAUCAGCAGAAGAAGCAUCGAGAGGAAGUGAGAGCGGCGAAGAAGGUUGCUGGAACAGAAGACUCGUUGAGGACAGCAAAGAGCACUCAGAAGCGACCUGCCCGCGUCUUUCUGAGUGAUGAGCAACAGCAUGUGCUGGAGCUGGUCAUUGAAAAGAAGAAGAGCGUCUUCUUCACUGGUUCUGCUGGUACCGGAAAGUCUGUGCUAAUGCGAGAGAUCAUCGCAUCAUUACGAAAUAAGUACAAGAAGGAACCAGACCGAGUCGCCGUCACAGCAUCGACUGGCCUUGCUGCCUGCAACGUUGGCGGUGUCACACUGCACAGCUUUGCGGGUAUUGGCCUUGGCAAGGAAGACGUCCCUGAGCUUGUCCGCAAGAUUAGGAGGAACCAAAAGGCGAAACACCGAUGGAUGCGGACGAAGGUGCUGGUUGUUGACGAAGUUUCAAUGGUGGACGGAGAUAUGUUUGACAAGCUCGAGUCCAUCGCGCGCCAAAUCAGGAACAACCCUAGGCCAUUUGGUGGCAUCCAGCUUGUGAUCACGGGUGAUUUCUUCCAACUGCCGCCCGUGCCUGAAGCAAAUCGCGGUGCCAAGUUCGCAUUCGAUGCCGCAACCUGGCCCACGGUUAUUGAGCACACCAUCGGCCUGCAUCACGUGUUCCGUCAAAAGGAUCCCAUCUUCGCUGGUAUGUUGAACGAGAUGCGAGAGGGUCGUCUCACCCAGUCGUCUAUCAAUGCAUUCAGAAGUUUGUCUCGAGAUCUGAGGUUUGAAGACAUGCUUGACGCGACCGAGCUCUUCCCGACCCGCAACGAAGUCGAGAGGGCGAAUCAAGAGAGACUAGUCAACCUACAAGGCCAGACCUUCCCUUUCCCAGCGAGAGACGGUGGUUCAAUAACGGACAAGGCUCAACGCGACAAGCUUCUUGCCAACUGCAUGGCCCCAGAGAUGAUUACGCUCAAGAAGGGCGCCCAGGUCAUGCUGAUCAAGAACAUCGACGAGACCUUGGUCAACGGCUCUAUAGGUCGUGUCAUUGGUUUCAUGGAUGAACGCCAGUUCGACAGCUAUAAUACUAACGAAGGUGCCUUCCUGCAGUCACCGGGAGGCACUAUCCUUGGCAGCGGCGACAAUGAUGCACCCGAUCGACCAAGCAUGAUGCAAGGCAUUACCACCUCACGCAAGUGGCCGCUAGUCCGCUUUGCGAUCGCUGAUGGUACAUGGCGAGAUCUGCUCUGCGAGCCGGAAACUUGGAAGGUUGAGCUGCCGAACGGUGAGGUGCAAGCAUCCCGUGCGCAGGUCCCUCUGAUCCUUGCGUGGGCGCUUUCCAUCCACAAAGCGCAAGGACAAACCCUUGAACGUGUCAAGGUCGAUCUCGGGAAAGUCUUCGAGAAGGGCCAGGCAUACGUUGCGCUCAGUCGUGCAACGAGCAUGGCUGGCUUACAAGUGUUGAGAUUUGAUCCAAGGAAGGUCAAUGCACAUGAGCGGGUCAGAGCAUUCUAUACGAAGCUUGCACGGGUCGAGCUGGCGGAUAAAAACAAGGAGAGGAUGGAGAAGAUCAACAUGCCGAGCACAACCAAUGCUGGCGAUUACGAGAAGAACUUUGUUGAAGGCGACUUUGCUUGGGAUGAGUGA